ACGAAGGCAAGCAGAUUUGGAUAUCUAUGUCAUUCUGUGCAUAGCUCACCAAAAGCCUUUAAAAACCCGUAGCAAAGAACCUUUAUUCAGUGUAGAGACGCGACGAGGGCAGAAGGAUAUUGUAGCAUUACGUGGAAGCUCUGUGACUGAGAAGAAAGCCCUUAGUCCUUAAAGUCAGAAUGCCGUGGUCCAACACUAAUCGCGUUUGGAUUUUGAUUGGCAUCAUGUCGUUAUCUGUAGCAAUGGGCGGGAAGUACUUGCCUUGUGGGAAUGCAGAUGAUUUUCGGAAUGAAUGCACUUCGGCGUUGGGAAUGAAGUCUGGACUUAUACCAGAUUCAAAUAUAAGUGCUUCGUCUGAAUGGGACAAUAAUCAUCGAGCAGAGAACGCACGACUAGACUUUGUACCGCAAGCAGGACGAACUCGCGGAGCUUGGUCAGCUAAAAUCAAUAACCAGAACCAGUGGCUUCAAGUAGAUUUUGGUGCAGAACUUAAAUUGACUCAAGUUGCAACCCAAGGACGUUUCGAUUACGACCAAUGGGUUACCAGAUACGCGAUCUCUUACAGCAGAGAUGGUAUAUUUUGGAACAAAUAUAAAAAAGAAUUAGAAGGUAAUCGAGAUCAAUCAUCCAAAGUGACCAACGCCCUUUGUGAAGAAAUCUACGCUCGCUUUGUUCGUGUUCAUCCUAUUGAAUGGCAUAAUCAUAUAUCGAUGAGAGUUGAGUUGUAUGGUUGCAAAUCAGGAAUCACAAUUUCUCCGAUUCAAUGUCGCCGAACUCUUGGCAUGGAAAGCAAAGCAAUACCAGAUUCUCGUAUGAGGGCUUCUUCCAUCUGGGACUUGAAUCAUGGAGCAGAUAGAUCCAGACUGAAUACUGUGCGUCAAGGAAACAAGAGAGGAGCCUGGUCGGCCAGACAUAACAACGUAGGACAGUGGAUUGAAGUGGCUUUUCCACAGGCUGUCAAGAUAACAGGAAUCGCAACUCAAGGUCGACAAGAUGUAAACCAGUGGGUUAGAAAGUACAAACUGCAGUACAGUCUCAAUGGAGAUUACUUUGAAGACUACAAUGGUGGCCAAACGUUUACUGGAAACACAGACAGGAAGUCUUUGAAGGAAACACAGAUCGGCACACAGUCGUAUCGCACAAGCUUAAUUCGCCAAUAAUCGCGUUAUUGAUACGUUUCCAUCCAAAAUGCUGGAAUCGUCAUAUUUCGAUGAGAGUUGGACUUUUUGGAUGCACAAAGGGUUUUGAAAGUCCAAAGCAGAUCUGUAAUGUAACUUUGGGCCUAGAGUCUGGUCUUAUCUUAGAUUCUCAAUUAAGUGCUUCAUCUGAGUGGAACAGAGCACAUCGCGCAGCGAACGCACGACUAAACUUUGUACCAGAAGCAGGACGAACCGGGGCCUGGUCAGCACGGCAUAACAAUUUGCAUCAGUGGCUGAAAAUAGACUUUGGAAGAAUUGCUAAAAUUAACAAGCUUGCGACCCAAGGACGCUCUGAUUCUGAUCAAUGGGUCACUAGAUACACGCUCUCUUACAGCAGAUAUGGUAUAUUAUGGGAUAGAUAUCAUAAGGAGCUUGAGGGGAACACAGAUCGUUCGUCAGUAGUUACAAAUGAUCUCACACCAAAUAUCUACGCUCGCUUCGUUCGGGUUCAUCCCAUUGCAUGGCACCACCACAUUUCUCUGAGAGUAGAGUUUUAUGGUUGUAGAGCAGGAUUAAAAGCGCCUCCGAUUCAAUGUCGUCGCCCUCUUGGCAUGGAAAGCAAUGCAAUACCCGAUUCUCGUAUGAGGGCUUCUUCGAUCUAUGACUCAGAUCAUGGAGCAGAUAGAUCCAGACUGAAUACUKUGCGGCAAGGAAACAAGAGAGGAGCCUGGUCGGCCAGACAUAACAACGUAGGACAGUGGAUUGAAGUGGCUUUUCCACAGGCUGUCAAGAUAACAGGAAUCGCAACUCAAGGUCGACAAGAYGUAAACCAGUGGGUUAGAAAGUACAAACUGCAGUACAGUCUCAAUGGAGAUUACUUUGAAGACUACAAUGGUGGCCAAACGUUUACUGGAAACACAGACAGGAAGACCAUCAUUGGUAAUCUUCUCGAGCCUGCCAUUGUUGUCAAGGCUAUUCGCAUUCAGCCAGUUGCCUGGCAUGGUCACAUUUCCAUGAGAUUUGAACUGUACGGAUGCUCAGAAGGAUUUCCUUUGCCGGAUAAAUUGGACUGCCCYGAAAGCAGUUUGCUACUAACGGAUUCUCAGUUGUCUUCGUCGAGCCAGUUUGCCGAAAACCAUGGCCCUGGAAAUGCCAUACUUCACCAUCAACCUGGGAGAGGUAGAACAGGAGCCUGGUCGUCCCGUGAUAAUGAUAAUAAGCAAUGGCUACAGGUUGACCUGGGAGAAAUAUCUAAGGUUACUAUCAUCUCCACACAAGGAAGGGCCGGUUAUCAGCAAUGGGUCAAGUCUUAUUCUAUUGUCUACAGCGUCUUUGGAGAUGAAUUUCAUACCGUGAUGGAUGGUGAUUCAAAUAAAGAGUUUUCAGGAAACUUUAAUCAGCACGAAGUCGUAUCGCACAGGCUUGAUUCUCCAAUAAUUGCUCAAUAUAUGCGUUUCCACCCCACAAGAUGGCAUGCUCAUAUUUCAAUGAGAGUAGGGAUUUUUGGAUGUAAAAAAGGUUUUUAUAUCCCACAACACAAAUGUGGAUUGGCUUUGGGUCUAGAGUCUGGUUUCGUGCGAGAUUCUCAAUUUAGUGCUUCUUCUGAAUGGGAUAGCGCUCAUCAAGCAUCGAGUGCACGACUACACUUUGUACCACGAUUGGGGCGUGCAGGGGGCUGGAGACCAUGGCAUAGCAAUAGGAACCAGUGGCUUAAAAUCGAUUUAGGAGAAAUUGCCAUGAUCAACAAGCUUGCGACUCAAGGAAGCUCCAGUUCCGAUCAAUGGGUCACCAGAUUCAUGCUUUUCCACCGCAGAGACGGUAAAUUUUGGGAACGAUAUCCAAAGGAAUUUGAGGGGAAUCGAGAUUCUUCAACGGUUAAGAUAAAUACUUAUUUGCGACCGACGAUCUAUGCUCGCUUUGUUCGUAUUCAUCCCAUUGCCUGGCAUAAUCACAUUUCCAUGAGAGUUGAAUUAUAUGGUUGCAGAAAAGAUUUCUGGCUGCCCCCAAUCAAAUGUCGACACCCUUUAGGCAUGGAAAAUAAAACGAUACCCGAUUCUCGUAUCAAUGCUUCCUCGAUCUGGGACUUGAAUCAUGGAGCAGAUAGAUCCAGACUAAAUACUGUGAGGCAAGGAAACAAGAGAGGAGCCUGGUCGGCUAAAGACAACAACGUAGGACAGUGGAUCGAAGUGGAAUUUCCAGAGGCUCACAACAUAACAGGAAUCGCAACUCAAGGUCGACAAGACGUAAACCAGUGGGUGACAUCGUACAAACUGCAGUACAGUCACAAUGGAGAUUACUUUGAAGACUACAAUGGUGGUCAAACGUUUACUGGAAACACAGACAGGAACACCAUCGUUUAUCAUCUAUUCUAUCCUUCCAUUGUUGCCAAGGCGAUUCGAAUUCGGCCAACCUCCUGGCAUGGUCACAUCUCCAUGAGAUUCGAACUGUACGGAUGUGAUCUUGAUAUAAAAGACGACGUAAAUAGCAUUAUACACAGACAGUUGUGAAUGCUGAUACGCAAGUGUUUACUGACCGGUGUUCUUUAUGGAUUGGAAGAGAAAACGGAAUGACAUACCUUAAAUACUUGAAGCAACACGUGCAUCCAAGAACCUUUGCGAUCGUUUAUUCUCUGAUUUUACAAAUGAUAUUUUUUUUGAAAGGUGCAUUCUGAUUGGUUCAAAAUCGAUGGAUGCCCAAUUUUGUUUUGAAUAUGAAAAAAAAAACACACACACACACACACAUAGCUUAUUAGAUGCACGUGAUCCUUUAAGUAGCGUACGUAGCUAGAAUUCUUCUUUUAUUUUGUAUCAAUUUAUUUUUAGCAACUAUACAGUAAGUCCCAUAACGUUGCUUAGUAAUUGCCUGUUUUCAUACCGUGGGAGACUGGGUACAAAUCCCUUAAUUUGCAUKAUUGAUUGAUACGACCAACGAUAGAACGAAAGAACGCAUCGAGAAAUACUACCUUAGGAGCUCUAAGGCCUUGGAGUAUGAAACACGUUUGUCAUCCACCAUAAUGACAACAGUUUAUCAUCUCAGCCCCUGAUGAGUGAUGUUAAACUGGGUCUAGUACCAUGACACCAGGAACAAUCCAUUUAUAUUUAAUAUACAUGUAUAUUUCUUACACAAAAUCACCACUCCACAACACACAAAAACCAGCCCCUCCCUUAACAAUAGAUUCCGAUUACCAAAUACUUCUAAACUAGUGUCCAAAUUUGGCGUUGAUAAGGUCAAUAUWGAGCGAUUACAGUAUUUCAAAAACGCUAGAAUUUCCGAAAAAAUGUAUAGAAUGACGAGCGUACACCAUGGAACCUGCGUCCAGAUUUYUCUAAAUGUUAGAAAAACUACCAAUCGUUUACAUUUUUUUCUUAUUUACAGUGCGAUAUUUCGUUCUAUAUAAGUCUUAUCUCACAAUCGUGCGAGUUAAGGGACUUGUACCCAGUCUCCAACGGUAUGAAAUCGGGCGAUAAAACAUAAAGGCAACAAAAAACAAAUUUAUCGGUAAGUGUUUUAGCAGUUUCGACCGCAGAUACCAAAAUGCAGAAAGAUUUGUAUACAAAUGCACAAACUGUAUUAUGGUCUCUUCAUUAAAUAGAUAUUUUGCAUUAUUA